AAAAGAGGAAACUAACUCCUAAGAUGAGCCUUCCAUGUAAAAUUGUAACCAGCUUCCUUCUAAUUUUCAACGUUUCUUCCAAAGGUGCAGUCUCCAAAGAGAUUAGGAAUGCUUUGGAAACCUGGGGAGCGCUGGGUCAGGACAUCGACUUGGACAUUCCUAGUUUUCAAAUGAGUGAUGAUAUUGAUGAUAUAAGAUGGGAAAAAACUUCAGACAAGAAAAAGAUUGCACAAUUCAGAAAAGAGAAGGAGACUUUCGAGGAAAAAGAUGCAUAUAAGCUAUUUAAAAACGGAACUCUGAAAAUUAAGCAUCUGAAGAUCCAUGAUCAGGAUAGCUACAAGGUAUCAAUAUACGAUACAAAAGGAAAAAAUGUGUUGGAAAAAACAUUUGAUUUGAAGAUUCAAGAGAGGGUCUCAGAACCAAAGAUCUCCUGGACUUGUAUCAACACAACCCUGACCUGUGAAGUAAUGAAUGGAACUGACCCCGAAUUAAACCUGUAUCAAGAUGGGAAACAUGUAAAACUUUCUCAGAGGGUCAUCACACACAAGUGGACCACCAGCCUGAGUGCGAAAUUCAAGUGCACAGCAGGGAACAAAGUCAGCAAGGAAUCCAGGAUGGAGACUGUCAGCUGUCCAGAGAAAGGUCUGGACAUCUAUCUCAUCAUCGGCAUUUGUGGAGGAGGCAGCCUCUUGAUGGUCUUUGUGGCACUGCUCGUUUUCUACAUCACCAAAAGGAAAAAACAGAGGAGUCGGAGAAAUGAUGAGGAGCUGGAGAUAAGAGCGCACAGAGUAGCUACUGAAGAAAGGGGCCGGAAGCCCCACCAAAUUCCAGCAUCAACCCCUCAGAAUCCAGCAGCUUCCCAACAUCCUCCUCCACCACCUGGUCAUCGUUCCCAGGCACCUAGUCAUCGUCCCCUGCCUCCUGGACACCGCGUUCAGCACCAGCCCCAGAAGAGGCCUCCUGCUCCGUCGGGCACACAAGUUCACCAGCAGAAAGGCCCGCCCCUCCCCAGACCUCGAGUUCAGCCAAAACCUCCCCAAGGGGCAGCAGAAAACUCAUUGUCCCCUUCCUCUAAUUAA